CCUCACUGGUUUUAGGAGUUGAAGUCUCUUUCCAGGCAGUUUCAGGUGGGACAGAAAGAGGGGUUUGGGAACCUUUAUUUUGUCUUCGCAGCAGCGACUUAAAAUGCCUGGGAAGGUGGUCGUGAUCUUUGGAGCUUCAAAUAUACUCUGGAUGAUGUUUGCAGCUUCUCAAGCUUUUCAAAUCAAGAUCUCCCCUGAAUCCAAUAUUCUUGCACAGAUUGGUGACUCUGUCUCACUGACGUGCAGCACUGUGGGCUGUGACUCCCCAUCUUUCUCUUGGAGAACCCAGAUAGACAGUCCAUUGAAUGGGAAGGUGAGGAAUGAGGGGACCAAGUCCACGCUGAUCAUGGAUCCUGUUAGUUUUGACAAUGAACAUUCUUACCUGUGCACAGCUACUUGUGGAUCUGGGAAACUGGAAAAAGGAAUCGAGGUGGAAAUCUACUCUUUCCCUAAAGAUCCAGAGAUCCAUUUGAGUAGCCUACUGGAGGUUGGAAAGCCAGUCACAGUUAUGUGUUUGGUCCCUGAUGUUUACCCAUUUGACAGGCUAGAGAUGGAUUUACUGAAAGAUGACAAUCUCUUGGAGCAUAAGGACUUUCUGGAGGACAUGGACAGGAAGUCCCUGGAAACCAAGAGUUUAGAAGUAACCUUUACUCCUGUCAUUGAAGAUAUUGGAAAAACUCUUGUUUGCCGAGCUAAAUUACACAUUGGUGAAGCUGAUUCUGUGCCCACAGAAAGAGAGACCACAAAAGAACUGCAAGUCUACAUCUCACCCAAGAAUACAGUUAUAACAGUGAACCCCUCCACAAUUCUGCAAGAGGGUGGCUCUGUGACCAUGAUGUGUUCCAGUGAUGGUCUGCCAGCUCCAGAGAUUUUCUGGAGCAAGAUAUUAGAUGAUGGAAAUCUACAGCCCCUUUCUGGGAAUGCAACUCUCACCUUAAUUGCCAUGAGGAUAGAAGAUUCUGGGAUUUAUGUGUGUGAGGGAGUUAAUCUGAUUGGGAGAAAAAGAAAAGAAGUGGAAUUAAUUGUUCAAGAGAAACUGUUUACUGUCGAGAUCUCCCCUGGGUCCCGGAUUGCUGCUCAGAUUGGGGACUCAGUAGUGUUGACCUGUAGUGCCACAGGCUGCACAUCCCCAUCUUUCUCUUGGAGAACCCAGAUAGACAGCCCACUCAGUGGGAAGGUGAGAAACGAGGGGACCAAGUCCACGCUGACCCUGAGUUCUGUUAGCUUUGCGAAUGAACACUCUUACGUGUGCACAGUGACCUGUGGGCGUAGGAAACUGGAAAGAGGAAUCGAGGUGGAGCUCUACUCAUUCCUUAGAGAUCCAAAAAUUGAGAUGAGUGAUCUUCUAGUGAGCGGAAACCCUGUCACUGUCAGCUGCAAGGUUCCUGAUGUGUACCCUUUCGACCGACUGGAGAUUGAAUUACUUAAGGGGGAGAAUAUUAUGAAGAAUAAAGACUUCUGGGGGGACAUGGAUAGCCAAUCCCUAGAGACCAAGAGUUUGGAAGUGACCUUCAUCCCUACCACUAGAGAUACUGGAAAAGUUCUUGUUUGUCAGGCUAAGUUAAAUAUUGGUGAAAUGGAAUUUGAACCCAAACAAAGGCAGAGUACACAGACACUUUAUGUUAAUGUUGCCCCAGGGAAUACAACCAUCCUGGUUAGCCCCUCCUCCACCAUAAAGGAAGGUAGUUUUGUGAACUUGACUUGCUCUAGUAAUGGCCUUCCAGCUCCGAAGAUCAUGUGGAGUAAGCAGCUAAAUAAUGGGGAUCUACAACCUCUUUCUGAAAGUACAACUUUUACCUUAAUGUCGGCAAAGAUGGAAGAUUCUGGUAUUUAUGUGUGUGAAGGGAUUAACCAUGCUGGCAUAAGCAGAAAAGAAGUCAAAUUAAUUAUUCAAGUUGCGCCAAAGGACAUACAACUUACAGCUUUUCCUUCUGAGAGUGUUAAGGAAGGAGACACUGUCACUAUCUCUUGUACAUGUGGAAAUGUUACAGAAACUUGGAUAAUCCUAAAGAAGAAAGCAGAGACAGGAGACAAGAUGCUAAAAUCUAUAGAUGGCACAUAUAUCAUACGCAAAGCCCAGUUAGAGGAUGCGGGAGUGUACGAAUGUGAAUCUAAAAAUGAAGUUGGCUCUCUGUUAAGAAGCUUAACGCUUAAUGUUAAAGGAAGAGAAGAUAAUGACUAUUUUUCUCCUGAACUUCUUGUGCUGUAUUUUGCAUCCUCCUUAAUAAUACCUGCCAUUGGAAUGAUCAUUUACUUUGCAAGAAAAGCCAACAUGAAAGGGUCAUACAGUCUUGUAGAAGCACAAAAAUCAAAAGUGUAGCUAAUGUUUGAAAUGUUCAGUCAGAGACUGUAUUUAUUAGUUCAAAUCCUUGACACUGCUCAUCAUCCCAUGGGAAAAACAACCAGCUGAGA